GAUAUGAUUUAAGGAGUGGAUACUUGCUUACCCAAUGAAGAUAGCCGGACAAACUACAGCCAGCAUGGCCUGGCACUUCACUUGGCCUGGCUGUGUUUUCUGGCUGGCUAGCUAACAUGGCCAUUUAGAAGCUGGUGGAUUUUUUAUUUCAGUCUUUUUCACUUUAAAUUAACUCCCUGGAGUCUUAAAGCUUGUAUUUAAUAAAGCAUUAUCAGUAAAAGCCUGCAGGAGCCAUAAGGGGCAUCCUGCUAUAUUGGCUCUUAGCUGUAGUUCUAACAUGUAGGUGUGCGUCAUUUGACUAACAUUACUUUCAACAAGGACAUCGUUUUUCGUGUCACCUGAUGAAUCUAAAUGCAAUGUCAACUCUCCUUUCACCAGUACCCCAUGUCUGUGUGCAUCCCGCCUCCCUGCGCUCUCAAUAGAUGGUGCAAGUCAAAAUGUCCAAAUCGCCCGUAGACCCACUGUCUGCUGUGGAAACAGGCUCUCAAUCGCACUAUUUCCAGCUGCCCAGGAAGUUGCCUAAACGCAAAAGCCGCUUCAAACGCUCAGAUGGCAGCACGUCUUCAGACACAACAUCCAGCUUCAUCAAGCGGCAGGGGUCGGCUGAUUCGUACACUAGUAGACCGUCGGAUUCAGACCUGUCAGCAGAGGAGGACCGCGAGGCGUAUCGGCGUGAAGCCGAGCGCCAGGCACAGCUGCAGCUCGACAGAGCUAAGUCCAAACCUGUAGCGUUUGCUGUAAAGACGAAUGUGAGUUACUGUGGAGCUCUGGAUGAGGACUGUCCUGUCCAAGGAGCCGCAGUCAAUUUCGAUGCCAAAGACUUCCUGCACAUCAAAGAAAAGUAUAACAAUGACUGGUGGAUAGGCCGGUUAGUGAAAGAGGGAGCAGACAUAACGUUCAUCCCCAGUCCUCUACGACUGGAGGCCAUGAGGCUAAAACAGGAGCAGAAACAAAGGAAAACAGGGGGUAACUCCUCUAGUUUAGGAGACAUGGUGACUGGGGGUUGGAGGACCACGCCGCCAUCUGCAGGGGAAUCCAAACAGAAGCAAAAGCAGGAACACGUCCCUCCCUACGACGUGGUGCCCUCUAUGAGGCCGGUGGUUCUCGUGGGACCUUCGCUGAAGGGCUAUGAGGUGACGGAUAUGAUGCAGAAAGCUCUGUUUGACUUCCUCAAACACAGAUUUGAGGGCAGAAUCUCAAUCACACGAGUAACUGCCGACCUGUCUUUAGCAAAGAGAUCUGUCCUCAACAAAAGACCCAUCAUGGAGAGAUCCAACACCCGCUCCAGCUUAGCCGAGGUCCAGAGUGAGAUUGAACGGAUAUUUGAGCUCGCCAAAACCCUGCAGCUGGUGAUCCUGGACGCGGACACCAUCAACCAUCCAACACAGCUAGCCAAAACCUCCCUCGCCCCCAUCGUUGUCUAUGUUAAAGUUUCCUCACCAAAGGUGCUCCAGAGGCUCAUCAAGUCCAGGGGGAAGUCUCAGAGCAAGCACCUGAACGUGCAGAUGAUGGCUGCAGACAAACUCUCUCAGUGUCCCCCUGAUAUGUUUGAUGUCAUUUUGGAUGAGAACCAGCUUGAGGACGCAUGUGAGCAUUUGGCUGAAUACAUGGAGGUCUACUGGCGAGCCACUCACCUCCCAGGAAACACCCCUCUGAACCCCUUACUGGAGCAGAGUCUGAUGACCCCGCCUUCUGCCAUCUCGAGCCUAGAGAACCAGAACAAGAACCAGCCGCAGCCUCGUGAGGGGGUGGGCUUGGAGGGUGACGAGGAGGAGGAGGCAGGCGAGGAGGCCCACUCCCCCCUGGAGCAGGACAGUCUUAUGCCAUCUGACGAGGCCAGCGACUCCCUGUCUCGCGGCCGGAGGGGGAGCCCGUGCCAAAGAGGGGGUGAGGAGGACGAAGAGGAGGAGGAUGAAGAGGAGGAGGAGGAAGAGGAGGAGGAUGAGUACACAUCCCCUGUCCACGGCCGCACAUACAGGGACAUGUACCCCCCUCAACGUGGGCACACGGGCAGCGCCCACAGUGCCAAUGGGCACGAGUCACAGGACAGGCUGCUCCAACGUGAAGCUCAGCAAGGUCACAACCAGAGGAACAACCGCCAGCGCAGCCGCCCCUGGCCCCGAGACACCUACUGAGGCAGAAAGAGCUCUCCUCACCCCUGGCCUCCAGAUCAGUACCCAGGUCACCCCAAACACCCAACCGAUGUCGUACUGUACGUUCCAAAUGAGGAGAUUUCAAACGCUGCCCUUAAAUCUGCUCCAAACUUCGAUCCGUCUCAAAGAAAAAAAAACAGAUGCCCUGUUUGUAAAGCAGAACACUUAAUUUUAAGAUUUCCAAUCUCUAUCUUCCAAAGUUGCAGAUUAUCUGAACAGAGUGGUGACAUGAUGUCAUGAGUUCUCCAGGGUCAGUCAUUUAAAAGUCAACAGGGCUACUGGAUAGGUUUCAAGCUACCAGCUGUACGCAAACUCAAACUGCUUUGCCUAAGGUUUCUCUAUUGUAGGAUGUCUCAUAUACUGGCCUUAAAAUUCCUUAAAAGACUUUUAACUAUCUUUACUAUUGCAUGUGUGAGUAUAAUUAUUUUAAGACUAUUUGCACAUAAACGUCAGAACAGGAACUGAAUGAUCUUUACGGAUAAAUUAACGUGGGAAUGUCUACUGUUGAAUCCAUUUAUGGGAAAUCGUGAUGCAUUUGAUUACAAUGUAUAUACUGAAUGGGCACCUGGUUGUGUUUCAUUGCUACUAUAUUUGUUUGAUUUUGUUGUUAUGGACUUGUUUGUUGUUUCAGAGAAAGCGUUUGCCAUACAUCAGUCAGUUUGUACUCUGAAGGCAGGGGAUGGAAUGAUGGAGACACACACACACAGACUGAAUCUCUGAAUGGUCACAAUGUGAGUAGAGCCCGAUGGAUGCUUCGGUUGGCCGAUAUUGUAGGUAGAUACAGAUCUACUAUGGAUCGUGUCAUGUAUAAAACAAAGGGUUUUUUUUGUUCCUCUUUUCUUUUAGAUAAUUUUCAUCUGGUUUUCCCAGCAGAGCACAAUCAGAAGCAAUACUUUGUGUUGUUCCAUACGGUCAUUGUUUCAGAAGGCAGCUUUUACUUUGCAUUGUCAUUGCUGCAAAGUCGGCACACGAUCAAGUAGAAAAGGUCUGUUUGCAGUCCAAUUCAAAAGUUAUGUUGGCCGCUGUAAUGUAUUUUGUGAUUAUUUUUGUUCUUUUUAAAGGUGACAUAUCCUGCAAAAUCGAAUUUUUAAUGGUUCUCUACCUGAAAUAUGUUUCCCUGGCAUGUCUACAAACCCCCCCGAAAAUGAAAAAAAUCCAUUCCUCCCCUGUUUUGAUUUCUCCACCUUUCUGUAAAUGUGUGCUGAAACGAGUCGUUUCAGUUUUCCGUGUUUUUCAUACGUCAAAACGACAUCCGGUCUGUAACGGAAGCCAGAGCUCGGAGCUUGUUCAGCCCAUAGACAGUAUAAAAUACAACUCAACUCCUCCUCUGUUUUUCAUUUCCUGCACAUGUGUGUGCUAACAAGGAGCUUAGAAGGGAGGCAUGCUAGUUGUAGUCUGUCUUAAUAAACACAGAGGUCGGUUUUACUCCCCACGUCUGCAGAUUUGAAAAUCUAGUGGAUGAUUUUUUUUUAUCAUGGAAAAGUGCUAGCGUAAGUUAGCAUAGCCACAUAGCUACAUGUUCGUAGCUGUGUACCAAGACACACGUCGACAUACUGACAAAUAAAACAAUAAGAAACACAAAAUCUGUGACCAAUCGUUCAGAAAGGUCCUGCUGCAGGCGCCUCUUCGUCAGGAUCAGAUUCUGGAUCAAAUUCAGAGGGUUGAAGUAACGCAGGUCUAUGAGCAGCCAACAUGUUAACAUUAGAUCAACGUGCUGGAGAGCCGAGGCCACAUCCACUUCCUGAGGGGGCGUGGUCAGAGAGCUCAUUCUCAUUUAAAGGCACAGACACAGAAAACAGCCUGUACUGAGCAGGGCUGAAAAAGAGGGGUUUACAGGCAUGCCAAAAUCUGAUUUCAAAGUGUUUUUUUGAGCAAUAAACUUAAAGACAUAUUUUGGGGACCUCUUAAACCAAUUAUUUUGAUGAAAAAGAGCAUAAUAUGUCACCUUUAAGAAUUAUUAAUAUCGGCCUAAAACAAAUCUGAAUCCGAUCGGGCUCUAUGUAUCUAAGUACAAAGCUUCAGUAAAGCAUCAGUGUCACCUACAAGUACAAUGCAGUGCUUUCUUGGCAACGCUUGACUUUGCUGUUGCACAAUCACUUCUCAGAUCUUAACAAACGGGCACAUCGAAUGUAAACACAACUAAGAAAGAGAAUGUUAUCUUUUCAAGGAUGGUUAUUUGCCAAACUGCUUGUUUACAUUGAUUCAUUCACAUAUUUAUCAAGCACACGCUGCACAGCCGCAGCUCCUCUUCAGAUCCAGGCUUCAGAGAAUGUAAGCUCGCAUGCCUUUUUGCACCUCCAAGCGCCACCCGGUGUCUCCAACCCAGCCGAUCGCCCUGUACUUUGAUUGUAGCACGUUAUUGAUUGUAGCAUCCACGUUUUACUUAUCUCACCCCCCCACUUUUGUAUGUCUUUGCCCAACAUUGCGUUUACGUUUGUGUACUGCAGGUUUACAGAUGAUUAUCAAGGCAGAUCCUCAGGUGUACACACUCAUCGCGCUCCACAAAAACAAAUGUGUAGUGCUCCUGAAAAAAGGACUCGUAGCACCCGCUGACACGAUUCAUUCAUUCUGUUCCUGCAUUAUUAUGAAUCCGUGAGCCGAUGGUUUGAGUUUGGACGCGAUGCCGUCAGUAUCAGUACAGUUAACAACCAGUUUUUAGGAGUUUACUGCUUCCAUGUCUCACAGGUAUCUCCCUUAUCUAGUGUUCUGUAUAUUUUGAAGACAAAAAAAAAAUCAGCAUGAUUGAAGAAAAAACAAGAAAAAAAAUCUAUGCAAGUGUUGCAUGAAAAUCUGAUUGUUUCUUUUCCAAGUGAAGUAUUUUAGUAAUGCAUUGAUUCUGAUUCUCCUCGUUGUCUUGUAGUGAUAGUCUUGUCUUUGGGGCUACUCACUCCUCACACCACUAACACUAUUACUAAAAAUCACUUGAGUUAUCCAUUUAUAUCGGGGACGUUUCUUUUCACAGUGUUGGUUUUGACACUCGUUAAUGCACUUUUAAAAGUCACUGGCUAAAAAAAAACUUUCUGGGUCCCAGAUCAGGCCUCAAUUUUUUUAAUUUAUUUAAAAAAAAGGGGGAAUGAGUGAAUUAUCAAAGCCCUGCAUGUGUUAGUUCACCAAUUAGCUACUUUCAUUAUGUUUUGGCAGAGUAUGUUUUUCAAAGCGGACCAAUUUAGCAACUGAUAGCAGUUGACAUUUUUCAAUUUAUGAAGCACAAUUUUUACAAAGGGUUAUAAUUUACUUUCCUCUGUCUUAUUCUGUAUGCAAUACUAAGCCUAACAUUGAAAACUUUAAACGCCUUAGACCAUCUGGACUUCCUCUUUUGUGUGAGUAGAGAAUUUAAAAAAAAAUUGCACUACUUUUUUUUUGGGAUGGUUGCUUUGUAAUGCAAUAACUGCACUAAGUAUAACCGUGUAUCCACCAGACGACCACAGCGUGCUAGCGUGACACAACACGCCUCUUCCCUCUAUUUAUCAAAAGAGACAGCAAAUGUGUAAAAAGUGAGACAUUUCCUGCCUGAUGCUGUAUAGAAUGCUUUCUAUUUGAAAAUAGAUUUACAAUGCGAAGUAAAAAUAUGACUCAAACAAAAUAAACAUGACAUUUUAUGUACUUUUAA